GACAGAUUCUGAACCAAUAGGAGAGACGUCUCGCUGCAGUGGGCGGGGCUUCCCCGUAUGGACAUCCGUUGUUUGAAAUGUAUCCUUAACAACCGAACUGGAGCAAAACAGCAGAGGUUUCGGAGGAGAAACGCCUCGAGUCGGAAUGGCCGGGACGGGCGAGGGAAAGAAGGAGGACGCCGACUACAAGAGGCUGAACAGCUUUCCUCUCAUCCGGCACACGGAUAUGGCGGAGGAGAUGAGGGUGGAGACGAUGGAGCUCUGUGUGACGGCCUGUGAGAAGUUUGCCACCAACAAUGAGAGCGCCGCCAAGAUGAUCAAAGAGUCCAUGGACAAGAAGUUCGGCAGCUCUUGGCACGUGGUGAUCGGCGAGGGCUUCGGCUUCGAGGUGACGCACGAGGUCAAGAACCUGCUCUACAUGUUCUUUGGGGGGAGCCUAGCUGUGUGUGUGUGGAAGUGUUCAUAGCGCCCUGGAGGCCCCGCCCCCAAGGAGGCCCCGCCUCUCUAGGCCGGGAACAAAAACGCCGGCCGCACGCUGGUCCGUGUGUCCGGCGAACCCUCAGAGGUGUGUGUGUGUGUGUGUGUGUGUGUGUGUGUGUGUGUGUGUGUGUGUGUGUGUGUGUGUGUGUGUGUGUGUGUGUGUGUGUGUGUGUGUGUGCUGGACACACACACACGUUUUUUGUUUUUUUAGAACUUGAUUUCUGUCCAGCCGCACUGAUCUUUCAAUAAGAUUUGUAGUAUUUUUAUGUGCACAUAUUCUGAAGUUGUUUUUAGAGAAAACGGAGGCCGUCUCCAUGGUGACGCCGGCUUUAAGGCUCCACCGGUGUGUAUUAACCUGAUUGUAUAAUAAACGCUGACGUGAUCAACAGUCA